ACUAUAUCACAUAUACUAUAUCAAUAUACAAAAUGCGCAUGGAAUCCAGCCAUAGUCAAAGAGCCAAACUAUCACCGUUCGGAAUAUAUCCUGUAUGUACAUACUGUGGUUCAGCCCUGUGGUUCGGUGUUUACUUAUGCAUUGUGAUUUUUUGGUGAACAUCGGUCAAAAAAAUUAUGAUUUCCAGUCUACUUGAUGUAUAAUAAAGGAAAUGUUGGCUGUGAAUAACAAGAAAGUAUUUUUUAUAAGGAGUAAGAAUUAAAACUUUGGGCAAUUUUUCAACCUCUAACCUCCAAAUUAUAGUAUAUUUAUAUGAGAGUAUUCGGUUGUACAAAAUCAGUCGUGGUAAAAACAUCUUUGAGGAAAACUCGAAAAAACGCUCUGGUAUUAUGGCGAGUAAUUGCAGUAUUUAUAGUACAAACUGUUCAUGCACCGGACGAAUAUUGGCAAUCUCUAGAAGUGGCUCAUCGUAUGGCAUUCGGCUACGGACACCUAACAUGGGAAUGGACAUGGCAGAUUCGUAGUUAUGUAUAUCCAUUUCUCAUAUCAAUUCUCUAUCGUGUGCUCGCGUUAUACUCUUUGGAUUCUGUGCUGCUCCUGACAACACUGCCUCGUAUUUUCCAAGCUAUUCUCUCUGCCUAUGCGGAUUACAAGUUUUUCAAAUGGCACAAGAACGAGACAAUGUUAUUUGCUAUGUGUUUGAAUUGGUAUUGGUAUUACUGUGCUACAAGAACACUGAUAAACUCAGUAGAGACUGCCUGUACUACAAUAGCAUUGACAAUAUACCCAUGGAGAAAUCAACGACGCUAUCCAUGGAGAUGCAUACGAGAUACAGAUUAUUUGUGGAUUGUGGGUUUCCUCUGUAUGAUGAGGCCCACCGCUGCAGUUAUAUGGUUUCCUUUAUGUCUAGCUCAUCUUUAUAUAAAUGUUUAUUUAUAUUUGGAUGUAAGAAUUCUUCUAAAAUAUAUUUUGAUAGGUCUUACUUGUGCCGCAACUUGUGUAUUAAUAGAUAGUUGCUGUUAUGGAACGUUCGUGAUAACUCCGUGGAAUUUUUUCAAAAUGAAUGUGGUUAAAAACAUUGGAAGUACUUAUGGUAGUUAUCAUCUAUUAUGGUAUAUCUUUAUCGCUCUUCCCGUAAUGUUUGGAUACCAUGCUAUUGUAUUCCUAUAUGCUUGUUGGGUAUUAUGUACAAAAAAACGCCAAUUUUUACAUCGAGAGAAACUUAUGAUGAUUACGAUAAUUUGGACGAUAUUUGUCUACUCAUGGCUGCCUCACAAGGAAUUUCGAUUUAUCCUACCCCUUUUUCCAAUGGUUAUAUGCGUAAUUUGCUCUUGUAUUCACAGUUUCAAAACCUAUUGCUCGCUUCAAUUCUAUAACAUAAUCACGUCAGUGUCAAUAAGCAUCAACCUCGCCGCUAUACUAUAUUUUUCUCUAAUUCAUCAACGUGCUCCGUUGGUGAUAAUGGAUAUUCUGCGACAUGAGAUUACUCAGGCAGAUUCCUCGAUAACGGACACGUUGUUUUUGACUCCGUGUCAUGCCACGCCAUUGUACAGUCAUUUACACGUAAAUGCGUCAAUAAGAUUUUUAACAUGCGAACCUAAUUUCAACAAUAUUGAAGACUAUGUAGACGAAGCAGAUCAAUUUUUUGCAGACCCGGCAACAUGGCUCAAGAACAAUUAUAUCAACAAUAGUAAAGUAACGUUACCAACUUAUGUGAUAAUAUUUAGUAAUAUCAUGUCUAAAAUAUCCGAAUUUUUACAUACAUAUUAUAAGCCGAUUGCCAUAGUAUUUCAUACAGACUUUGCAGAAUGGCCCUAUGGAAUGAAAAUGAUAUUAUAUAAACGUAAAGACUAUUCUGCUAUUUUAGAGAAAAAAAUACAAUGUGUUAAUCAUACGGAUAUCACAUAAUAAAUGGAAAUACUUGAAUAUCCACAUUUAUAACUCCCAAUUUUUAACUCAAAAUAUUAUAAAUCAAGAAUCAAAUCAAACAAUUAUUACACAGUGUGACUCUAUUUUAUAUAGAAAAAUGAGAUACAUAGAGUGAACUUCAGGAAAAA